AAAAUAAGAAACACAUAGUUAACAUUUUUUAUAAACACUAUGUUAUAAAUAAAGAAACAUAAGAAACACAUAGUUUAAAAAAAUGUAAAUGCAUAGUUACAAACAAAAAAACAAAGAAACACAGUUAUAAACAAAAAACAAACACAAAGUUACAAACAAAAAACACAGAACAAGACGAGUUAAAAGACACUAAAAGUUAAGAGAUGGAGACAUAACAGAGUUUGGGAACCUGCCUCCAUUUCUUUCAUUUUAUUUUUGAAAGCAUUAAUGUUUUGUUUUUUUAAAUGGUUUAUUUAAUAAGGGACUGCACAUUGAUAAAAACAUUGCAGUAAAUGUGCCAGAGUUAGCCAAGAGGCUAUUUUUCAUCUGUAGUCCCAUUUUGCAUUCCUUAGUCUUAAAACCUCAUGAAAGCUGAUAUUAAGACGCUCAACUGAAAGGCCGUUAAUCAGCUUUGGGCGAUUAGUGCGAUGUCAUAUAUCUCAACCUCUUCAGCACGUUUAUUCGUCCUCUAAUAAACUGUUGUCUUUUGACGCCGGUCAUUCAGAAGUAUUACCACAUGAGUUCAGGGCUCUUUGUGCACCUUCAAGCGUGAAAGUGAAUAACACAUCUUACAAGAUUGUUAGAGGGAUUAUGGAGGUUUAACAGGGACCCCCCAGGCCCACCUCCAUACUCACCCCUCCCGCCCCCUCCCCCUCCUCCGAGGGGCUCAGUCCUCUCAGCUGACUCGGCUUUAUUCAACCCGUCGAAGGAGUUUCUGAAACUCGUUUGUAACCCCUUUGCACAUCAGAGAACCAGAGGAGCAGACAGAAGGCCGAAGAACAGCAGCAUGGAGGUGGCUUUUUAACCCGGAGUUGGAAACUGAAAUCAUAUAUUUAUUUUUUUAUCUGCACUACUUUGAUGGAUAACCCACAGACAGCUCUUUAACGAUGGGGGGCCUCAAGGCCGUAAAGUCACCGCACCUCAGUGGAACUGCAGGAGCGGAGAGAGGACGAUGUUGAGACGACUCGGGGGAAGCAGCCGCCGCGCCACCCGCCUGCCGUCACAGUGACCGCGGGCUCCAGAUGUCUGACCUCAGCCAGGUGGCGGUGUCCUCCGACUCUUCAGACGUCUACAAGAAUGUGUUCUGCAACCCCGCCUUUGAGCUGGAGGGCGAGCGAGUGGAGGGAGUGGAGGGAUUCAGGACGUCCUCGUCCACCCCGGAACCAAUCAAACCGCCAGCAGCCGGUCUGGGCCGGGGUCUGUUUGGGGUGUGUGCUCUGCGGGGCCCGGCUCGUGGCUGGGGGGCGGUGGCGCUCUCCGCCGUGCUCCUGUUGGCGGCCCUCGGACUGGCGCUGGCUCUCAUCCUCACGCAGAUGAAAGGCCAGGCGGUGGAGGAUCCGCCGCCAUCCACCGCCUCUCCAUUCGGCCUCAAUGCAGGAGAUGGAGGCUCCCAAACUUUACCCACAAUCCCCGUCACCAGAAGUCAUCUGGGAAGUACAUCUGCUCCAGCGCCCGCGAGGAUCCCGACAUCUGAAACACGGUGUGGAGGGGUGCUGACCGACUCCGAGGGCAGUUUCAGUUCUCCCAACCACCCCGGCUCCUACCCCCCCGACUCGCUGUGCGUGUGGGUGAUCCGGGUGGCGCCCCCCCACCGGGUCCAGAUCCACGUGUCCUCCCUGAGCGUGGAGGGGCCGUCUCCGUGUCUCUUUGACUGGCUGGAGGUGCAGGAGCAGAUGGACCGGAGCUCCGUGGUCACCAGGUUCUGCGGUAACGUUGCCCCGGCGACGGUGAACACCAACAGCAGCUCGGUGUGGGUCACCUUCCGGUCCGACGGCAGCAUCGCGGGCGGCGGCUUCACCGCCCAGUACCGGGCCACGCUGCCCGGGCACGAGAGCUGCUCCAGAGAGGAGUUCCUGUGUGACGCCGGCCGCUGCCUGCUGCCCGUGUCCGUGUGCGACGGUCAUCAGAACUGCCGCGACCAGACGGACGAGGCCGACUGCAGCCACCGGCACAAAGACUGUGGUGGGCAGCAGUCGGGGCCCAGUGGUUCCAUCUGGAGUCCCAACCACCCGGGGCCUUACCCUCACCAGCAGUUGUGCACGUGGUACAUCUCCGUGGAGGAGGGCCACGUCGUCACGCUGAGCUUCAGGAACUUCAGCAUGGAGACUCAGGACGUGUGCGAGUUCGACUACGUGGAGGUGCACGACGGCGCCAACACCGGAGAGGGACGAGUGCUGGGAAGGUUCUGCGGGACCUCCUUCCCUCCAGACCUGACCUCCUCCAGCCCCUACCUGACGGUGGUGUUCGUGGCCGAUGAGGGCGUGGCCGACAGCGGCUUCAACGCCACGUACCAGGCCGUGUCCGUCCUGGGCAGGACGUGCGGCCCCGGCCAGUUCCCCUGCAGCACGGGGGAGUGCCUCCAGCAGCAGUGGUUGUGUGACGGAUGGACCGACUGCCCCGACGGAGCAGAUGAGCAAGGCUGUGGCAACUCCACCUACCCUCCCUUCACUUCCUCGUGCGAGGUCGUGGAGGUCGAGAUGUGUCAAGGCCUCAGCUACAACCUCACCUCCUUCCCAAACAUCUGGCUGUCCAUUGCCGACCAGGGAGAGGCCGCCACGCUGCUGCGACAGUACCGGGUGCUGAUGGAGCUGGCGUGCUUCGAGCCCCUGCGGCGGCUGCUGUGCGGGAUGUUCCUGCCCCAGUGCAGCGCUCGGGGAGGCGUGCUGCAGCCCUGCCGCUCCGUCUGCUCCUCCGCCGAGCAGCAGUGCAGCCAAGCCCUGGACCUCUUCUCCUUCAGCUGGCCCUUCAACUGCCACCUCCUGCCCGACUCACAGGACCCCGUGGAGUGCUCGCUGCCUUGAUGUUUAGCUCCGACCCCCUCGUCUUUUGACCUGUAUUUUUUGUAUAUAUAUAUAUAUAUAUAUACAUAUGUGUACAUACUUUUUGUAUGUUUUAAAUAAGAUAAAUAUAUAUAUAUAUACACAUAUAUAUAUGUACACUACCGUUCAAAAGUUUGGGGUCACUUAGAAAUGUCUUUAUUUUUCAAAGAAAAGCACUGUUUUUUCAAUAAAGAUAACAUUAAUCAGAAAUACACUCUCUACAUUGUUAAUGUGGUAAAUGACUAUUCUAGGUGGAAAUGUCUGGUUUCUAAUGAAAUAUCUCCAGAGGUGUAUAGAGGCCCAUUUCCAUCAACUAUCACUCCAGUGUUCUAAUGGUAUUGUGUUUGCUAAUCGCCUUAGAAGACUAAUGUCUGAUUAGAAAACCCUUGUGCAAUUAUGUUAGCACAGCUGAAAACAGUUAUGCUAGUGAUAUAAGCUAUACAACUGGUCUUCCUUUGAGCUUGAAGUACAAAAUUAAUACUUCAAAUAUUAAUCAUUAUUUCUAACUUUGUCAAUGUCUUGACUAUAUUUUCUAUUCAAUGUUCAAUUCAUUUGAUAAAUAAAAGUGAGUUUUCAUGGAAGACACAAAAUUGUCUGGAUGACCCCAAACUUUUGAACGGUAGUGUACAUAUUUAUUUAUCUUAUUUAAAACAUACAAAAAGUUGUUGUUUUUUACCAGUGAGGGAGUGACAGUUACUCGUUCCCACAAUAUGUCAGCGCCAAUGUUUCCAUGGUGACCUUGUCAGUGACGUCACGGAUAUCAGAGGCACUGACAAGAAGUGACUUCCACCAGGAAAGUCACUUCUGUCCGUCGACCAAUGGAUUUCCAUGACUUUAAACCAAAUAUCUGUUUAUACAUGAGUAUGAGAGACAAUAGUUUGAUUAAAAGAAUAAAUAUUUAUAUAAAUGUU